CCUCCGAGAAGAGGACUGUGUAGGUUGGAGAUACUUUGGUCGUCGCUCUGCAUUCGGUGACUUUCCCCUCGCUUUCCCCUUUGCCUCGUCAACGGCGCUGGCGAACUUGCAACUUGUGGGAAACUUAUGAUGCGUUUACAGGUUGUGCUAUCGGAUCAUGAUGCGUGGAUUUAUCUGAAAAGGUUUGGCCGAGGACAAUGUCUUUUAUCCACCUCCUCGUUUUGGUGAAGAACCUUGUUCCCAGAUUUUUCUUACUUAACUUACUAACAUUUGACAGAAAUUUGGUCUUUAGUUAGUCACAUGACUUAGUUUUGUUUUACAAUAAUGGACAAAUGAACUACUCAGGCAGUUUGCUCAAAUAGUUGAAAAAUAAUGACGUCCGUCAAAAAAUGUUCUCGAUUAAUUCUAAAUGUGAAAAGGCACCAUUAACAAUAAAAUGAAAAUAAUUCUGGCAGUAGGUCCGUAGGUGAGAAGGAUUAACAUUAGUUUGGGAAAUUUUCAAAAGAAAAACAGAAAGUUAAAACAGGGUGAUCAACGGAUAAACGGGAGAGAGAUUUAUUUUAUCGGAUUUCUCUACCAGACCUUUUGUCGGUUGCGUUGAAACAAUUCUAUCAUAAUGCCUCAUUCGUGACGUUGGAGCUGUGAUGUCUGUAUGAAAGUUAAUGGUAUGUGAUUGGGUAAAUCCGUAGAGUAUGUUGACAAUGCAUUUAAGUGGAGUAACCUAGCACAUGGUUUCAAGAUGGUUCUGCUCUUCUGAUUUUGACAUGAAUAUAUAGACCAUGACUAUGAUUGCUUAGGUUGGUUGACAAAUUGAAAAGAAGUGCUGGACCGAAAACCGUAUUCAAUUACACGGCUCGGUAAAAAUUUUGUAGAUCGGAAGAUACCUUGUCGAUAGCAUUUUCAAUUGAUGGAGGAGGACCUAAAGAAAAAUCAUGUUCAAUAGUAGCAAAAUACCUUAGACUUUUUUUUGUAUUGAGUAUAUGAAAAAAUUGUACCUCAGCUCUAUAUGAAAAGAAGUGGAACGACCUUUUAUGGAACGGAAAAGAAAUAAACGAAAAGGAAGAAAAAACUUGAAGUGAGUGUUAUUAAGAACUAGGAAGACAAAAUGGCAUUCCCCUCGCGCGCAUAGAACCGACUGGCGUAGUGAUAAAGUCUGAGACAAACUGGCCAGACAGACAAUGGAAUAGGUUGGGGCAAGAACGACAGUUGAUCCGUCCAGAGAGAAGACUCUUCCUUGAUCAUGCAGACUGCUACGACCCCGUCUUUUCUCACCGAAUACCAAAGCUUGGAGCUUACCAACGGCCGAGAAACCUUCAGCGCCGCUGCCCAUAGGAAUACUUUAGAAUUCGUCAUGGACGCUGGAGGCCCGGAAGUCGAAGUCAACAGUAGUGCCUCGGCGACGCUGCCCGUAGCUAACAGGCUCUCCGAGGAAGGGUAUUACCUCUCGGCGUUCUUCCUCUUCCUCAUCGGGCUCUUCGGCAUCUUCAACAACCUGGUGGUCUUGAUCGUCAUGGCCAAAAAUAAGCAGUUGCGGUCUCCCUUGAACCUGUUCCUGAUCAACUUAGCGAUAUCCGAUUUGGGAAUCAGCAUGGUGGGAAACCCGAUCUCCCUGGUGGCUGCACUUAACAGGGGGUGGAACUUUGGCCACCACGCGUGUAUCGUGUACGCCUUCCUGAUGGGUUUUUUCGGGAUCACAUCCAUCUGCAACCUAAUGGUUUUGGCAUUUGAAAGGUAUAUGAUGAUCUCGAGGCCAUGGAAGACGUCAGAGCUAACGGAGAGGAACGCCUUAUUGACCAUCAUGGGAGUCUGGAUUUACUCCUUUUUAUCGGCGGCCCCGCCCUUGGCAGGGUGGGGAGGGUUCAAGAUCGAAGGGCCAGGAAUAAGCUGUUCUAUUGACUGGGAGACAAGAUCUCUGAAUAAUACUUCAUACAUCGUCUUCCUGUUCACCCUUGGUUUAGGACUACCGGUUGCUGUCAUGGGAUUUAGUUAUACUAACGUCAUUUCUACGUUAAGACAGGCCGGUUCCAGUGGCUUCCAGGCUGGAGUUGCGAAAGCUGAGCGCCGAGUAGCGGUGAUGGUGGUAGUGAUGGGCAUCACGUUUCUUUUCGCGUGGGUGCCCUAUUCAGUGAUGGCGUUGAUCAUGGCCUUCGGAGACCAGUCACUCGUCACUCCAGGAGCAGCUGUCAUUCCUGCUAUCUUCGCCAAAUCGUCUUGUUUGUACAAUCCUAUAAUAUACGUUGGACUCAAUACUCAGUUCAGAAAACUGUGGCUCUCUUUCCUUUGUUCCAAUAAGAACUUAUUCUUUCCAUUCCGGUCAGCGUGGGCCCGUCUGCUGUGCUGCCGCGAGGAGACAGAAGGAGGGGCAGUAGGUCAGACCACAGAGAAGGUCAGUCUCACUGUCGUCACAGAACAGAGUCCCCGUCCCGAGAAUCUUAAGCAACUGCGCAGGAAAGGUCGAGGACGUCCUUGUUCCCAAGCUUCGUCUGACAUGAGGACAAUGUCCACAGAAGGAGUCCCUCUGAAGACCUUGCAGCUCAAUCCAGUCAGGGUCCAGUACGACGUCCAAGUCACGGCUUCACCCCGAGGCGAGAUACAGAGUGAAAUCGUCUAGACUCGACUGAGACGCCCCGAGUUAUAUGUUCCGAUGAAAUCAUCAGCAGUGAAAUCGUCUUGUUCUUCCCAGCUGUUUAACUGUGACUCAAUCAUUCUAGCUCUGUUUCAUAGGUAGAUAUAGUUUCUAAUUUAACACCAGAUUAGUGAUGCAGUCAAACUGUGUUUGAUGGUGACAAGUCAAAAAUACAAUAAUCUCUGGUUGAUUAUUCUAUUUUUGGAAAUCGUUUCAGAACUGCAAAGGGAAAACCGCCGAGAGACGUCUUUAGGAACAGGAGUCCUCCGGCGACGAUCAUACAAAUUUUGUGUCAAAUGGAAAGGUUAAUCAGUGUAACAGAAGCAGGAGGCAAUAUUUGGCGUGAUCACAUAUCAUGGUAACGUAAACAUUUACUUAACCUCCAACUCUGUUCAUAUCUUGGGACUCAAUGUGACCUAUUUUCGUUUACACCAGACUCCUAGCGUCUGCUGCAACUUUUCGUUACGCUUGAAUUGUAUCAAUAACAGGGAUGCCAUGCAUACCUCAUAAUCUUGUAUCUGAUAAGUAGAAAGUCGUAUAAUUUAGAAUAUUGAACUUAGAUACUGAUGUUCAUUUCUGGGCCAUUUUCCCUGAGUUCAGUAUCGUCUACAAGAGUACUUCCAGCUCAGCUCCGUUAUUUUUCUCAUCGAUAUUUGCAAAUAUUUUCUUUCAUAGUUUCUCGUUGUUUCACGUUGCUCGUCCACUUUCCUUUGUCUUCGGAGCUGAGAUGCGUUCUUCUUUCAUAUUUUUGUUUCAUUAGUCAGUUUAGUGAUAUGUCUUAUGUGUGAUGGAUGGAAUAUGACGCUUCCCCCCGAACAUCUGCUAUUAAUUCUUUUGUUAUUAAUUUCUA